GGGCUCCGUCGGCCCUAACCGAGCUGGGUGCCCGUGGCCGGGGUGACGCUUCCAUUCCUCCCCCCUCAGCACCGUCCUCGGCCCUUCGAAGUUGCAUCCUUUCCUCUGCUUGCGGUGCGCGCCCCCUUGCGCACUCACUUACCCGCCACCUUUCCUAGGCUCCCCUCCUGCCCCCUCCCCGCUCCUCCUUGCCUCAGACUCCCUCCCCCCUCACGUCCGCCCUCUGCCUUCGCCUACCCAAGUGGAUUAAUUAUACGCUUUCUGUUUCUCUCGGUGCUGUCCUCUCCCGCUGUGAGCCUACCCGCCUCUCGCUGUCCUCUCUCCUUCUCUCCCUCUCUGUGGUCCCCCCCUUUCACGUUCACUCUGUCUCUCUCACUAUCUCUGCCCCCCACUGUCCUUGAUACAACAGCUGACCUCAUUUCCCGAUACCUUUUCCCCCCGAAAGAAUAGUAUCUGUCCCGCCUCAGCCCUAAACAGCCCGCCCUGCCAUAAGAAGCAGAAGAGACGUCGUCCCCCCCCCCAUCAAAAAAGCCAUCCCCCCGUUCGGGCCCCGUCGCAAUUCGGCCCCCGCGACUCGGUCCGAGCGGCGCUGGCAGAGGAGUGCCCGGCAGAAGGGCCUUCGCCCGCUGUUCGGUUUUUUUGUAAAUCCGCAGCAGGGAGAUGGGCGGCAACUUCGCCGGCUUCCAGACACCAAUGGGGAUCCCAAUGGGGAAGUCGAUGUUGGUGCUUCUCAUUUCUUUGGCCUUCGCCUUGUGCUGCAUCGCUGCUAAAGUCCCCAAAGAGACCCUGUGCGGAGGGGAGCUUGUUGACACGCUUCAGUUUGUCUGUUCGGACCGCGGCUUCUACUUCAGCAUGCCAUCAAGCCGCGCCAAGAGUCGCAACCGUGGCAUCGUGGAGGAGUGUUGCUUCCGCAGCUGCGAAUUGGCUCUCCUGGAGACAUACUGUGCCACCCCCGCCAAGUCUGAGAGGGAUGUGUCGAUUUCUCAGGCCAUGCUUCCGCACCUCCUCUCCAGGACGCCUUCCCCAGACACCCCGUGGGCAAAUUUUUCGAUCUCAACUCCUGGAAACAGUCCGCCCAACGACUGCGCAGAGGCCUGCCUGCCCUCCUGCGUGCCCACCGGAGCCGCAUGCUCGCCAGAGAGCUCCAAGCGUUCAGAGAGGCCAAACGUCACCGUCCCCUGAUCGCCUUACCACCCAAAGGCCCCGCCCACGGGGGAGCCUCUUCGGAGAUGUCCAGCCACCAUCAGUGAACCAAAUUGUGUGGUAAUUCUGCAAUGUAGCACCAUCACUCUGUGACCUCCUCUUGAGCAGGGACAGUUCCAUCGUGUCCCACACUAAAAUCUCUCUGCCCCACUUCCUACCCCUAGUUUCUCCCUACCUACCCCCAGUGCCCCGCCUCCCCACAUCAGGCUGCUCCCCUCGCCCACACCAUCGGGCAGAGCAAUCUCAAAGCAACUCUUCAAAACCAAACUGAUUGGCUCUAAACAACCCAAGUGACACCCCCAAAUUAUAUAUGCACAUUAAAAAAAAAACUUUAAAACAUACAAUCCCUGUAAAACCAAUUGGCUUUUUAGAAACACCAGAACUGAUUGUUUUUAAAUUAAAUAACUAAAGAAAUCAAUUGGCUGAAAACAUACCAAAAAUUAAUUGGCUUAGAAACAAUUGGCAAAAUCAAAUAAUUCGGCGCCCCCCCCCCUUCAUCUUCUUCCCAUUUGGAUCUUUAGUCAAAUUGGCUUAGACUUGGAUCUCAGAACCCAAGAAGAAAGGAAGGGGACCCAAAAUUUUCUAGGUGGCAUUGUCAUUGCUUCAGUGCCUUCUCCUUGUCACCACUCAAGAUUGGGAGCUUUUAGCAUAAGCUGGCCUGUGAACAACGGCCACUCAAACUCUUUCUUCACUGGCCAUUCCAUCACAAAUGUCACCAUGUCACCACAGGGCUGGGUGAAGGAACCCAAAGAGAACAGAGCACAAAAACUGGAAACAAAAUUUAAUUGGCACAAGCCCCUAAUCCCAAAAUCUCAUUUUUCUGCACCUACCCUAAAAAGCACAUGUUAAUAUUCAAACUUGCAGACACACAGACAUGCACACACACAUGUAACACACCCUCAUCCACACAGAACACACCCCCCCACACGCAUACACACAC